AUAGAAGCAGAAAGAGAAGAGAAAAAUAUUGUUUUGUUUGGACGGGAAAUUAAGUAAAAUUAAAAAUAAUUUGAAAAUAACCCGAAAAUGGACUUGUACGAUGACAUAGACACAAAACCACGCACAAGCCAAAUUGAUGGUUGGUCUUCGGGCAUAAAAAUGCUGCAAACGCAACUGGCAGUCAAGACCAAGGCAAAGGAACAGAUUAAGAAACCGCUGAUGACGCCUGUGGUUAACUUGCGUGCCAAACGCAACAUGGAUACAGAGGCAAACCCCUAUCUGCCAACGCCCGUUGUAAUGGCUACUGCUACCAAACCCAUUAUUACAGGCAAAGCUUUGCCAUUAGUUGUGCUUGAAAAUGCGAAAAAGGAUGACUGGGACUUUGUCGAUGAGUAUGAUCCACAGUGGCCCAAUGAGUACGAGAAGUUAAAGGAGAAGUCGAAGAGCGUUGAGAAAAGUCGCACAACUAGCAGUGGUAGUGGUGGAAACCGGGAGGAGCGAGAUCGCAAACGAAACCGCAGCGGACGCAAUACGCAUAAUCAUGAUAAUUCGCCACCCAUGAAACUAAGUGGUUUUGGGCAGCGACAGAAUGACGAGGACAAAUACAGUCCCCCACCUCCGGGAUCUGUUGCAAAUAAGGGUGGGGGCGCAGCAAUUGCACCGCCCCCCUCAUUACAAGAGAUAUCCAUAGACAAUGGUGAUGGUUCAUCGAAUGUAACUAUCCCGUAUUCGGCCAGCUCAGUUGCAGCAAAAAUCAUGGCCAAAUAUGGCUUUAAAGAUGGCCAGGGUUUGGGUAAAUCUGAGCAAGGUAUGUCGGUAGCAUUACAAGUAGAAAAAACCUCAAAGCGAGGAGGUCGCAUAAUACAUGAAAAGGACGCGUUUCUACCGCCGCCUGUCGCACCAUCUUCACCGCCAUUGGCGUUCUCAAAUACACCAGCAGUUUCAAGUCCAGUUCACUCAGCUUCUGUUAUGCCACCACCGCCACUGCCAGCUGCAGUCAACGAAUCUGAGCCCACUAUAACUGAGAUAAUGAAGGAUCCCAGCAAAGUUGUACUGUUGCGUAACAUGGUUGGUCCUGGAGACGUCGACGAAGAAUUGGAGCCUGAGGUGAAGGAUGAAUGCAAUCAAAAGUACGGUGAAGUGAACAGCGUCAUAAUACACGAAGCCUUCGGAACGGCGCCCGAGGAUGCCGUCAAAAUCUUUGUCGAAUUCAAGCGUAUUGAGAGCGCCAUAAAAGCUGUUGUGGACUUGAACGGGAGGUUUUUCGGUGGACGCCAAGUGCGAGCUGGUUUUUAUAAUUUUGAUAAAUUUAAGCGUUUGCAAUUAAACUAAAUACAAGCCUACAACGUUA